CGCCUUUCGUCAUCUCUUCGCGACACGUCAACACCACACGCAUGCAGAAGCUAACUGUGCAGCUCCGCAGAUACUGACAACAACAAAACUGUCCAGAGUUUAGCGUGUUUUUUUGCGACAGUCUGACAAGUGUGACUGAGAUAGUUUGUUUAAACGUUUGUUUUGAGUUCCGUGAAUAAUUUGACUUGCGACGAGAAGCGUUUUAAAACUCUGGACUGGCUGAAAACCAACCGUCUGUGAUCCACCGUGGGUAGUUUUAACCGUUAAAACUUCGUCUUUUAGACUCUCCGACUUUUUCACGAUGGAUGAAGAAGAGCUGGUGGAGUAUUUCAGGGCUCAGAUGAGGAAGGACCCGGACAUGGCCUCUGCUGUGGCCGCUAUCCGCACUCUGCUUGAAUUCCUCAAGAGAGACAAAGGUGAAACGAUCCUGGGCCUGAGGGAGAACCUGACGUGGGCCACAGACUGCCUGACAGGAGUGGACUCCUCUGUGGCCGUGUCCUCAGGUGGAGAGCUCUUCCUGCGUUUUAUAAGCCUCACAUCACUGGAGCACCAGGAUCUGUCGCGCUGUAAGAAGGUGAUGGAGGAGAGAGGGGAACUAUUUCUAGAGAAGAUCUCAAUGUCCAGGACCAAGGUUGCCAAGCUCUGUCACACCUUCAUCAAAGAUGGCGCUAAAAUCCUGACUCACUCCUACUCCAGAGUCGUGCUCAGGGUGCUGGAAAAAGCUGCAGCUGAGAAGAAACGUUUCUCUGUCUAUGUGACUGAGUCGCAGCCUGACUCAGCUGGGCGACAGAUGGCAGAAGCCCUGAGAAAACUAAAUGUUCCAGUAACAGUGGUCCUGGAUGCAGCUGUGGGGUACGUGUUGGAGAAGGUGGAUCUAGUUAUUGUUGGAGCAGAGGGAGUUGUGGAGAGCGGAGGAAUCAUCAACAAGAUCGGCACUUAUCAGAUGGCCGUGUGCUCUAAAGCUCACAACAAACCCUUCUACGUUGUGGCCGAGAGUUUCAAGUUCGUCCGUCUCUAUCCACUAAACCAACAGGAUGUGCCGGAUAAAUUUAAGUACAAAGCAGACACCUUGAAGACCGUACAGAACCUGUCAGAGGAGCAUCCGAUCAUCGAUUACACACCUCCCUCCCUCAUCACCCUCCUCUUCACCGACCUGGGAGUCCUCACCCCGUCGGCCGUCAGCGAUGAACUCAUCAAGCUUUAUUUAUAACUGUGCCUCACAAAUCCCAAAUAAAAAACCACCCUUAUCAAAAAGGUAAACAAA